GCACACCAAAUCAACUUCACAUCAAUUUCAGGUAAAAAUGGUUUCAUUGAGAGAACUCACAGAGCAACGAGGUAACCAGGGCAGAGAUGGGGAAGAGGAAGGGGUUUUGGCAGUGGAGCCUAUCACGAUGAUAGUGCCGCCGGAGUUGCAGGACGUGCCGGAAACAAUGGCGUCUGAGAGUAGCACCAGUUCCAGCGCCAGCGACAACGGUAGUGACCACCCUAGUGUAUCGCCAAGCAGCUCGUCUACUGAAGAGACACCCAGCUGUGAAGAAGGAAUGGGGGAUGUGGUGAGCAAUGUCUCAGAUCGGCCGGUGAUUGGGGAAUGGGAAGGCGCAACGAUCCCGGGCAGGUUAAGCAACCUGCGAAAAGCACCGAAGGACCUGCCCGCUGGAUUCAGGUUCAAGGCUGUACUUCAUCACGAAGUAGCAGACUGUGCACCCUCCAUAAGUGGGUAUAAACGACUAGAGGAGAUGGUGAGGGCGUACCACAUCCCUAGGACCAUAUUGCUACGGACAGGCGGGCAGAACGAAAGAGCGUGCACUGUGUCGCAAACGGGCUGGAUACCAGUGUACGUGGACCAUUUUGACGCCGGCCUGCGAUUUCCCCUGCCCGGCCUGGUGUUCGAUCUGCUCGCGGAUUACGAGCUGGCGCUGACGCAGCUAACGCCCAACAGCAUAAGGUUCAUCAUAGGCUUUAUGCUGUUGUGCGCGAGAUUGGAAGUGCCAGCUAAAGCGAUAGUAUUCAGAUCGCUAUUCCAGUGCCGGUUGUGUCCGAACUCACGAGGAGCGAAGUGGUACUACCUGUCCGGGAGGGAUAAGAGCCAGCUCUUCAAAAAUGUGAGGAACAAAGUGGCGAGGUGGAAGAGGCAGUUUAUCUUUGUUCGCAACACACGAACAGAAAGGAUAAGCAAUGACCUGGCUGCCCGGCUGUCUGAUUGGCGCACGCCGAACGCCCACAUCAACUAUCCCCAACUGCUGCCUCGAGAUGUCGAUCUGAAGAACCAGCUGCUUCAGUAUGCACAGAAGGAGGGUCUUAUAGAUCUGGAAGCCCUGGUUACCUCGGAGCAUCUCGCCAUCGCCGGGCGAAAUGAGCAGCAUACUGGAGCGUCAAGGUCAACGUGCCCAGAGUUCCCGAGGCCGCGGGGCGGGCAGCUCCGCGCAGAGGCAAACGCGAGGGUAGAGGUGGCGGCUCCCAGUGCACGCAGGCGUGCACGUGAGGAGACAGAGGGCGAAGAGGAUGAGGUCCCCCUUGCCAGGCGCAUAAGGAGCGGGGGCACCCAGCCCGCACAGGCGGCUUGCCCUGUGACCGUGCGUUCUCCAAACGCACCGUCAGCGACUGUGCAGGCAGCAGCUGAGCCCGCCCCUGCAUCAGCUUCAACAUCUGGCCCCAGGAUUGCUUAUCCUGAGGGUUUCAGCUACACACGGGCGGAGUGUCAGCCCGCCAUGGCAUUCAACUACGCAGUGGCGCUCUACGAGAGCGAUCAGGCGGCUCGGGAACAAAACAGCGAGCUCGGUUCGAAGUGCAAGCAACUGGCUGCUGAGAAGGCCAGCCUUGUGGACGAUGUGAAUCGUCUGCAGGGUUCUGAAAUGGCGAACCGAGCCGCGGCUGCAGAGAGCCGAGCAGAAACGUUGGCAACCCAAAACGGCGAGCUCAGGGAAGACUUGGAGCGAGCUCGCGCUGAAAAGGAGAGCGGCAUCCAGGCAGCGAAGGAUGAGGCCGCUCGCAUUGAAGAUCGAGCAAAAAGGGCUGAGGCGGAAAGGGACCAAGCUCAGAGCGAGCUGAACUCCCUUAGGCGCCAGAUCGCUGAAGCUGACCAGAACCUCGCUGCUGCCGGGGAGGCAUUGAACGAGCUGAAGGCCUCCCAUGCACGCUCUGUCAGCAUCGCCCGAGCUCAAGGGGCGGAAUGGUUCUUGGGUGCAGCUGCCUUUCAGGACGCCGUGGCGGUGGCGUCUGCAAAUGUAACCACGGAGAUCUACAACGAGAUCCGUGGGAAGGUGCUGCGACACCGCCCGGACUUCCCGAUUGGCGAGCUGGCGUUCUUUGACGAGGAGGACCUGGACGAACAGGGGAAGAGUCUCACUCCCCUAGCUGAUGCCACGGUGCGGUUGAGGUGGGACCUCAACGAGGAGGGAGUGCCUGUUUGGCCUCCUCAGGAGCCUUCGAGUACCCCACCCAGCUCUCAGCCCGCUGUGUUGCUGGCCAGCUCGCCCGUCAGCGAACCAGCCAUCGAGCCAGCAGCCCAGUCUCCUCCAGCUCGCUCUCCUGCAGCUGCUGCUGAUGCAUCUAUGCCCGUCGAUCUGACGGAUGACUAGAUUUAGGGUUUUUUCUUUUGACCUUUUUGUACCUUGUUUUUGCAUUUUGUAUUUGAUCAAUGAAUCCAUAACAUGUACUUUUAAUGUAACUGUCUUUGAUGAAAUACAAAAUGAACUUCUCU